UAGACAUAUCAAAAUAUUUUGACUUCACAUUUGAAAGAUGGCUGCCUCCAUGAUGAGUACAACGAAGUCCUUGAUCGGUCACUCCAUGCCUCCGUCACAUGUCCAGUACCCCGGGCUCCAGUCGUCAGAAAUAAGAUCUAAAGGUCCUGAGUCAUCACCACCAUUCCAGAAGAUGGGACAUCCAGCCUUUUCACCCUAUUCUGUACCUGACCCUCGUGUGUACGGUCAGCUCCCUCCUCAGAUGGCCGGUAUGCCCACCAAUCCAUGGUUUCCAGGUUACCCCUACCAGCAGCCAGCCAUGUUCCCAGGCCAGAGCCAGUUCCCCGAGCAGAGAGUCCCACCCAUGAUGUACAUGCCUCCGAUGAUGCCAGGCCAGGGUUUCCCCUUCAUAAGUGUGGAUAGCUUCCUCCAUCGCAACACCAAGAACGAACUGAGAGCAGCCAUCUUUGAGAAGGUCCUCGGCACAUUUCCCAAGCUACAGAAAAUGUUAGCAGAGAGCAGCAAGCCAAACCUUUCCGCUCCAGAAAAGUUUCCUGAUUGUCGCUAUGCCAACCUGCCCCGCCAAGAGACUGUGUCACCCUCUGGCUUUUUCCUGCCAAGCUUGGCCCUGGAGAGUCUUGAUGAGGAGGAUGCUGAAUACAGACUGAGUCCUCUCCUGUCCCGUCCGAGCACCUCCCCUGCCAUGGACAUGUCUCCCUACCUCACACAGCUCAUCGACCAGGUGAUGGACAAUGCUCCCGACCUCGCCGACCUCAUCAUGGACAGCUCAUCUUCCAGCAAUGACACACCCACCAAGUCAGAUUCUAGUGACUUUUGUAGUUUUGUGCCCAUCAAGCCUGAACCCAUCACACCACCUAAGGAGGAAACCUCGCCAUCUGCCUUCACCAAGAUUGGUCACAGCGAACUCACCACUACAAAGAAUGUCUGCGAAAUCUGCCACAAGAUUUUCUCCUCCAAGGCCAACCUGAGAGUGCACAUGCGUCGACACAGUGGAGAGAAGCCAUUUAAGUGUGAGUAUUGCAGCAAGGCCUUUAACCAGCGUUCCACCCUGAGGACCCACAUCAGGAUCCACACAGGCGAGCGUCCCUACACCUGUAACAUGUGUACCAAGUCCUUCGCUGACUAUUCUACCUUCACCAAGCACCAGCGUACACACACCGGCGAGAAACCCUACACCUGUAACCUGUGUGGUAAGAGCUUCGCCCAGUCUGGGAACAUGAUCCGACACCGACAGACCCACGAUAGAUCGUCCAGUGAUGGGGACAUAUCUCCCUUGUAAAUAUACUACAAAGGCAAUUCGUGACAAUAUAAAAGCCACUUUCAAUGACAGUAUGUUUUUUCCAGUGUUGAAUGGCUUGACAUCAAAGGACAUGUGUAACAUUAUUUGUUCUAAACAAUAUCUGGAGGUCAUCACUUGUACAGAACUAAACUGUGUAAACAACGACUUACCGUGUGCUUUCAACGGACAAAUAUGAAUUCCUAAAAUGUGUAAAAUUUUGUAAAUAUGCUUAAUUUAUUAUGUAGCCAGUCAUAUAUUACAUGAAAUUGUGCCCAAAGAAUGCCAGUGAUAUAGUGCAGCUAACAUAUGACUGUUAAAUCCAAUCUGUAGCUUGUGUUAUCUCCCUUGUUGUUAUAUAUUUUGACAUAUAUGUAUUUUCUCCCCUUGUUGCUAUGUAUGUAUUGUCUCCCCUUGUUAAUAUGUAUGUGUUAUCCUCUUUUUAAUAUGUAUUGUCUCCCCUUGUUAAUGUUUGUGUGGCCUUUCUGUCAAUAUGUAUGUAUAAUCUCCCCUUGUUGCUAUGGAUGUAUUAUCUCCCUUUGUUGCUAUGGAUGUAUUAUCUCCCUUUGUUGCUAUGGUUGUAUUGUCUCCACUUGUUUAUGUAUGUGUGAUCUUUCUGUCAACAUGUAUGUAUUAUCUCCCCUUACUGCUAUAUGUGUAAUCAGUGCUUUGUAUAUAACUACAUGUCAUAAUGCUGACAGUAUUAAAUAUGAAAAUCUUGACCCAGUGUUUUUCUUUUGUCUACCAUACAUUGUAUUCGUCAACCCG